AGUUUUAGUUUCCAUAUCCUAGAGAACUGCUCACGGGUGGCUUAUAAAAUUCAGCUAUAUAAUACUAAGUUCAACACCAUCAAAACACCCAAGAAAAUUUAGCAACUUCCAAGGGAAGUCAUGGCUUCUAAGGUUGCAGCCAUGUUCUUCAUCUUCAUUGUUUUCAUGGGCAUAUCAUUGCCACCCAUUUAUGCUUGCGUUCCUUGUACUCAGCCACAUCCACCGCCGACACACCACCCAACUCCCCCAAAAGUUCCCCACCCCAAACCACCAAGCACCAAGUACCCACCCCAUCAUGGAGGCAACCCACCUCACCAUGGAGGCUACAACCCACCAAUGCCACCAGUAGUACUACCACCAAUAAUCGUUAAUCCUCCCCCUGUAAUAUCCCCUCCAGUAACAAAUCCUCCUGUGAUUAUAACACCCCCAGUAACACCACCACCUUCUUCAGGCUACCCACCAUACACUGGUGGCCCACCUUAUGGAGGUGGUGGCGGAGGGGGAGGCGGAGGCGGCGGAGGAGGAGGAGGGGGAGGAGGAGGAGGUGGUGGUGGUGGUAAUACUCCACCUACUACUCAACCAACUUGUCCAAUCAAUGCGCUUAAGCUAGGAGCUUGUGUUGAUGUACUAGGAGGUUUGGUGCAUGUUGGGUUAGGGAAUCCAGUUGAAAAUGUUUGCUGUCCAGUACUUAAAGGAUUGCUGGAGCUUGAAGCCGCUGUUUGUCUUUGCACUACUUUACAUCUUAAGCUCCUUAACCUCAACAUUUUCAUUCCUCUUGCUCUUCAAGUCCUAAUAACUUGUGGGAAGACUCCACCUCCAGGAUUUGUGUGUCCUCCUCUUUAAAUAUUGUACUCCAUUAAUAAGGUGAGCUAUGGAUUAUUAGGUUUCGAGUUAGCUAGGUCAUUUGUUAGUGUUGUGACUUGAUUUAGGGUUUCGUUAUUUCGUAGUCCUUGAAUGUGAACUUUGAUUCUGGUGGUAUACGACUGGGACUUCAGUUUCAUUUUGUAAUUGUUGUUCUAAUUAAGUUGUGUUUCAGUCUGUUUGUUUGUUUCA